UCUCUUGUGCUAGGUAGGGAUUCGCAGAUGAACCCCUUAUCUAUUGACGCAGCUCUUUAAAGAUCACUUGUUCUUGGUACCUGUGACAUAUAUUGUGCUCCCCUUCCACGACUUUGUUCCCGUUUCGGAACGGGGGUUUAUUUCCGAUAAUAAGUAGUAGCUACAAUCCACGGACCUCACACGGUGAUGCAUGGACAUCAGUCGAGACUCAGAUACGAACCUGCGAAUCUAUCGGCUCUGGACAUUUUACAAUUGCGUUCGUCCUCCGGAAAGCAAGGAGGGAGAGAGUGAGUGAAGAGCGUCCAAGCUUGGUGGAGUGUCACGUGACCCGGGACAGACAUGCCAACGAGUCGUCGCGAUAGAUGGGCCUAGGCAUAUGUUCUUCGAACACGAUGCAGGCUUAACUCUUUAGUUGAUCAUAUGGUGCUGGCUAUCAGACAGCGCAUGGCUUUUGAGAUUGCUGCCAAGCGGGGGGUGGACGGUGACUUGUUGGCCAUGUAUGAGUUGGAGGCGGUGAGAAGUGAUCCCAGCUGGUACGUGGAGUGUUUGGGACUGAGCAGAGCUGCCCAGUAUGAGAUGGAGAGUACAGCAUGCGAUGCUGUCAUGUCACAACUUAAUAGGCAUCUCGAUGAUCUCGGCAUUGAGCCGUACUGCACGGCUCCAAUGUUGUCUGGCGCCAAGUGGGACGACUUCAUCAAUGUCGCUCGCACAUUCACUGCGAGGGCAGACGGGAGGGCAGCAGUCUUCCACCCGAGGCUUUAGGAGUGAGAGUCAUUGUAGAAUACAGAAGAAAGUGAUUUCUCAAUCAAUCGAAUAGGGAGAUAAAUGACACUGCUGUUGUGUG